CGGUCCGGGGCUGCCUCAGUUUUCUGUAAUCGCUUUUCUGCUGCUGCUACCUCCAGUUAAAUAGCAAGGACACGGGAGCGAGCAGACGGCCGUGUGAGGAUAUACUUUUUACGGUACCUUGGGAUUACGACGCGGAAUUGCAGCAUCGACGGCCAACCGACAGGUAAUAUCGACACACGCAUUCUGCCGCCGCUCGUAGAUCCGCGAAAAGGCCCACGAUGUCCAGCGAAGUGCAGAGACCGGACGACAGCCCCAGCACCAGCGGGGGCAGCUCGGAUAUCGAACAAAGAGAAACAGUACCACCGGAACAGGAGCGAGAGCAAGCACAGCCCAAAAAGAAGGAGACUAAGAUCUCGAGUAAAACUGCUGCUAAACUUUCAACUAGUGCCAAGAGGAUUCAGAAGGAACUUGCAGAAAUAACACUAGACCCACCUCCAAACUGCAGGUAAGAAGAUUUUAUCUUUU